AUGAGAAGAAAACCAAAUAUUCUAAUUACUGGUACACCCGGUGUGGGAAAAUCAAAACUGUGUGAAGAAUUAAUUCGUAAUGGAUUGGAUAUGGAAUGGAUCGAAGUUGGUCAAGUGGCUAAGCAGUGUAAUUGUUAUUCUGGAUACGAUGAAGAAUUGGAAUGCCAUAUCCUCAAUGAAGAUAAAGUGUUGGACGAGUUAGAAUCAAGAAUGGAAGAAGGAGGUAAAAUAAUUGAUUACCAUGGCUGUGAUUUCUUUCCCGAACGAUGGUUUGAUGUAGUAUUUGUUUUGAGAACUAACAACACAUUAUUGUAUGAUCGUCUUGAAAAAAGAGGAUAUUCAACUAAAAAGCUUCAAAAUAAUGUAGAAUGUGAAAUAUUCCAAACUUUACUUGAAGAAGCAAUGGAAUCAUACGAUAACAAUAUUGUACACGAGUUACGCAAUGAAACCUACGCAGAUAUGGAACGCAAUAUCACUCAUAUAGGUGCUUGGGUAAACCAGUGGAUUAAAGACAAUGUUAACAAAUAG